AUGGGAAGACUUCACAACUCCACCAUUCUUGAAGGCAAUAACGAGACUGAGCCAGAGAUCUUCAUACUGACAGGUCUCUCCAGCCAGCCCCUCAUGCGCAUGGUGCUCUUUGUAGUGUUUCUCUUCCUCUACCUGAUCAUCAUAAUUGGGAACAGUCUCAUAAUUUUAUUGAUCGUAGUAGAUUCCCACCUCCACACCCCCAUGUAUUUCUUCCUAGGCAACCUCUCCCUUCUUGAUAUCUGCUAUACAUCCACCACAAUCCCACAGAUGCUGACCCACAGCUUUGCAGAAAAACCCACCAUAUCCAGUGCCAGAUGUUUUGCUCAGAUGUGCAUCUGUCUCUUCCUUGGGAUAGCGGAAUGCAUUUUAUUGGCUGUCAUGGCAUAUGACCGAUUUGUGGCUAUAUGCAGCCCACUUCACUACACUCUUACCAUGAACAAACAGAUGUGUUGCUGGUUGGCUGCCUCCUCAUGGCUACUGGCUUCUCUUCUGGCGCUUGUGCCAUCCUUCACCAUGAAGAUCCAACUGUGUGGCCACAAUGUCAUCAAUCAUUUUGUAUGUGAAGUGCAGGCUAUUGUAAAAUUGGCAUGCUCAGAUAUUUCAGCCAAUGUGGGCUUGGGAGUGGGCAGCAGCAUUUUCACUCUCCUAGUACCUUUUGCUUUCAUCCUGGUGACAUACUUCCGCAUUUGUCUGGCAGUGCUGAAGAUCCGCUCAGCACAGGGCUGGAGCAAGGCUCUUUCUACAUGUGGCUCCCAUCUUACAGUAGUUGGGAUCUUCUAUGGCACAGCUAUGGCCAUGUAUUUGAAACCUCCAGACAGAUCCUCAGACCAGGACAAGUUUGUUGCUGUCUUCUAUGCAGUAAUCACCCCCAUGCUCAACCCUCUGGUCUACAGUUUGAGGAACAAGGAUGUGAAGGGUGCCUUGUGGAGAAUGAUGGGAAGGAAAAUGGAUUCCUAA